AUGCCAGGAAUCACCCACCUCUCCAAACCCCUCGCCCAUCGCUACCCAUGGGCAAAAGCCCCCCUCAUAGUCAGCGCCCCGAUGCGCGUCUUCUCAGGGCCCGAACUCGCCGUAUCCGUCUCCCACGCCGGCGGACUAGGCUUUCUAGGCCCCAGAGUCAAAACGCAAGAAACACUCAGUGAUCUGGAGAAGUCUACCGAGCUACUCAAGAAACUGCACUCACCUCCAAACCAAGCGACCCUCCCCAUCGGCGUCGGCUUCCAGCUCUGGAGCGACGACAUCGACAUCGCCGUCUCCGCAGUGGAACAGUACAAACCCUGCGCUGUGUGGCUGUACGCCCCCUCAAACGGGCAGACAGAUAUAAACACCUGGUCGCGCCGCAUCAGGGCCGUUUCCAGCGAGACGCAGAUCUGGAUCCAGAUCGGGACGGUGCGAGAGGCUGAGACGCUCGUUGCGGGUGGAUCGGAGAGGCCUGAUGUUAUUGUUGUUCAGGGAUCUGAGUCUGGGGGGCAUGGACGCGCGAAGGAUGGAUUGGGCUUGGUGGCGCUGUUUCCGGAGGUGGAGGAUGUUCUUUUUUCUUCUUCUUCUUCUUCUUCUUCUGCUGCUGUUGGUGGUGGUAAGGGGAAGAUACCGCUCUUUGCAGCUGGGGGGAUUGCAGAUUCGCGUGGAGCUCUUGGAGCUAUUGCUUUAGGCGCAGACGGGGUCGUUAUGGGGACGCGGUUUCUGGCGAGCACAGAGGCGCGGAUUAGCGAUGGGUAUCGGAGAGAAAUUGUGCGUGCUAGGGACGGGGCGACGAGUACGACGCGGACGCUGCUGUAUAACCAUCUGCGGGGGACGUAUGGAUGGCCUGAGGAGUAUAGUCCGCGGACGAUCAUCAAUCGGUCGUUUGUGGAGGAGCAGGAGGGGAAGCCGUUUGAGGAGCUGAAGCGGUUGCAUGAUGAGGCGAUGAAGAAGGGGGAUGAGGGCUGGGGAGUUGAGGGGAGGCUUGCUACUUAUGCGGGGGCGGCGGUUGGGUUGAUUCACGGGGUUAAGGAUGCUGGGGAGAUUGUGAGGGAGUGUCGAGAGGGUGUUGCGAGGAGGUUUGCUGGUUUGGCUGAUGCGUAG